GUAUCUUGCUCGUUUAGUACAAUCAGGUGUGCUGCCAAAUGCUCACUUGGUUCCCUAUCUUGUCAGUCUCUCGUUUGAGUCUAAGUACCUCAGCCAACAAGAUUUUGGCCGGAUUGCCCCCGACCGGGAGCAGGUGCCAAUAAAGAAAAGAAGAAGAAAGAAGAACCACGUCCACGUUCUCAAGCUAUGAUUUGAUCGACAAUGUUUAAGAUCGACGUGGUACGUAAUUCCCUUUUUGAAAACGUGGACGUAGGGCGCUACUGUACGGGGGAGAUCGCCAGUCCCACCCAAAAAGCCGGCGUGGCCGCUCUUAGGUUUCUCUCUGCUGGGGUUAAACUGUAAAAUUUUUUGUGAUAGGGAAACAGUAAUUGAAGAAUAAAUAAUUGGUAAGACUGUGCAGAGGUUUCAGAACCAAAAACUCCAAAAAGUUUCACGCAAAUUGACGCAAAUAUCAAUACACAAUAUUCAAUUGUUGCAAUUGUUUUUUUACAUGUUUCGAAGUGACGGUCCUUAAUAAUCCUUAAUAAUCCUUAAUAACAGAAAUAUGACAGACGCAAGAAGUUUAAAGGAAGCUAUCGAGCAAUAUGAAACACAGCUGUUACAAGUGGACACAACACUGUCUACAAUGCCAAAAGGUUCCGACAGAGAUAAUUUGCUCAGCUUGAAAUCUGAUAUUGAGGAACUUAUUUCUUUGACGAAAGAAAGCUUGCAAAGUCUUGAAGGAGAUGUUGAAAACACAAAUGAAGACAAUAAUCCUGAUGACAAAACAGAAAAUGAAUUAGACAGAGAAUAUGCCUUGUUUAAGGCAGAGCUGGAGAGAUCUUCAGAUGAAAGUGAAGAUAAACAGGACUCCUGCACAAGGACUGCUGCUCCUCCUGGUAGCAUUGAAGAUGAAUUAAAGGAGCUAGAGGGUAUGAAAUGUAAAGCUCCUUAUGGCAGUACUUGGGGCAGUAUUAGUUAUCACAAUGCUAUGAUAUCUUCUGUUUAUAGAGACAAUGAUAAAACUAUUAAAGAUAUCCACGACAUUAAGGUUCGAGUUUUCUUUCUCAAUCCAACGCACAAAGAAAUGAUCCCAUGUCCAUUUUUUCUCAAUGGUAGUUGCAAGUUUUCCGAUGAAAAUUGUCAUUAUUGUCAUGGUGAAAUUGUAUUGUUUUCAAGCCUACAGGAAUACAAAGAGCCUGAUUUUCAUAAUAUCAAAAUAGGAAACAAAGUGUUAACUAAACAAAAAAAUAAUAUAUGGUAUAGAUCCGUUGUUUUAAAAUUACCUGAGAAGGAUGGAGAUGAAUAUAGAGUAAAGUUUGAAUCAAGCGGCAAAAUUGUAGAAGUUGGAUUACAAGAUCUCUUACUUCUUGAUGACACACAUUUAGAAAUGUCAGAUACAUCUGAUGAUAGCGAUGACAGUACUGAUAAUGCUAAUAAUGUGCUUGAUAAUGAUUCCGAGUCCAAUUCGUAUAUAAAUGAUCAGUUGAUUCACAAAUCUCUUUUGACAUUACAAUCCAAUGAACCUUUAGGAAAUUGGGAGAGACACACACGUGGCAUUGGUAGCAAAUUAAUGAUGCAAAUGGGUUAUGUAAUUGGCACUGGUCUUGGAAAACGGAGUGAUGGUAGAAUAGAACCUAUUGAAGCUCAAAUUUUGCCGGCAGGAAAAUCAUUAGAUCACUGCAUGGAAUUACGUGAAUUUGCUGGCGAUGAUAAAGAUUUGUUUUCUGCAGAACGUAAAAUGCGCAAGCAACAACAGAAAUUAGAACAACAAAGAGAAAGACAGUACCAAAAAGAAAAACAAAAAGAGGACAACAAUGUGUUUAAUUUUAUAAAUAAAGCAUUAGGUGAUAAACCUAAAGAAAAUACAGCUAGCAGUUCGCAAAGUAAAGAUAAACUUAGGACAGAAUCCAAUAGGAAUCUAAAUGUAGCCAGUUUUCAAAUUGGAGAAAACAUAAAUCGUUUAGAAAGAGAAUCAACAAAACUCAAAGAAUCAUUAACAAAAUUUGCCAAAGGUAGUGUGCUUUAUAAUAACAUUGCAACGAAAUAUAAUGAAAAACAAAAGGAACUUACUAAUUUAAGAGCUUCCGAAAAAAGUAUCAUCGCCGAACAAAAACAAAGGAAGAAUAAAGCUAAAUUAUCUGUAUUUUAAUAUGUAUUUAUACGAUAGCAUGGGAAAGGAGAUGUAUGUUAAGUAUGUCUGUAUAUAAAGCGUAAAUGUAUCUAAAUAUAUUGUUUUAUUAAUUACUUUU